AUGAAAUCAAAUCUCUUCAUCAGUUUGGCUAUACUCUUAACUUUAGCAAGUAUAAGCUAUCAAACCACUUUAAAUUAGGAUGCUAUCAAUGUACUUGAUUAGAAAUAUCCCAGAUGCUUCGUCCAAGACAAUAAAACUGUGAUUUAUGUGGAAGAAGAAUAGGCUCUUUUCUCAACCAGAAUGAGAGUUUUUCUUGCACCUAAGGGUCGUUGUUCAUUCCUAGCUUUAGGAAGUGCCAAACUAGAAUGGGAGGUACCAGAAGAUCCUAGAAUUCCCUCGCCUAUUUGGACUUACGUUUUGAACUAUACUGGUAAUCCCUGUUCACUCUAUGGAGGUGACACAUUAGAAGAAGCUAUGAGAAAUGUAACUAAUGGCCUAUGGCUGAAAGCAAGUGACAAGAAUUGCGCAUUCUAUGUUGUGGUUGGAAAUAACUACAAGACUGUGUAAAAUGCGGAAUUCUGGCUAUUCAAGCUCUAUUCCUUCAUGGUAGGACAUUUGAAUUGCUUAAUCUAUAUCUUAGAGACUAUCAGGGUCUGGGCUAUCACUGAAGAUGAGAAUGAGAUUUCCCUAAGAGAUGCCAACUCAUCUAGAGAGCGCCCCAAGCUUGAUGGAUUUGAUAUGGAUCAAGAUACUCAAUCCAAGGAGGAGUUCUCAUUCAAUGCUGAUGUUGCAAGACUCAUGGAUAUCAUUAUUAACUCACUUUACACAAAGAAGGAGGUCUUUAUUAGAGAACUUAUCUCUAAUGCCUCUGAUGCCCUUGACAAGGUUAGAUUCAUUUCCCUCUAAAACCCUGAAUUCAUGGGAGCUUACCCAGAUCUCCAAAUCAUGAUUGACUUCGACUACGAUGCCAAGACCGUGUCAAUUACUGAUACUGGUAUUGGUAUGACCAAGGCUGAGCUCAUCAAGAACUUGGGUACUGUUGCUAAGUCAGGAACCACUGCUUUCUUAGAAGCAAUGGGCAAGGGUGAUAGCUUGAAUUUAAUCGGUCAAUUCGGUGUUGGUUUCUACUCCGCCUUUUUGGUUGCCAAUAAGGUAGUAGUUGCCUCCAAAUCCAAUGAUGACGAGCAGCACAUCUGGACCUCAACCGCCGAUGCUAAGUUCUUCGUUACCAAGGAUCCAAGAGGAGACACUCUCGGAAGAGGUACCCGCGUUACUCUUCACUUAAAGGAUGAUGCAGUUGAAUAUGUUGAGCAAGAUAAGAUCAAGAAUCUCGUCAAGAAAUAUUCUGAGUUUAUCCAAUACCCAAUCAAGCUUUUCGUUUCUAAGGAAAUCAGAAAGCAAGUUGAGGAUGAAGAAGCUGAGGCCAAACCAGCAGCUGAUGAUGAGACUAAGACUGAGGAAGAAGUUAAAGAAGAAGAAGAGGAAAAGCCUAAGGAAGAUGAUGCUGAAAUCAAGGAUGAGGGUGAGGAGAAGGAACCCGCCGCUGAGAAGAAGACCAAGACUGUGACUGAAUAAGUCUGGGAAUGGGAAACUAUUAACGAAAUCAAGGCUAUCUGGUUGAGAGAAAAGAGUCAAAUCACUGAGGAGGAAUACAAUGGAUUCUAUAAGACUAUCUCUAAGGAUCACGAAAACCCCCUAGCCUACUCUCACUUUACCGCUGAGGGUGAAAUUGAGUUCAAGUCAAUUCUCUUUAUCCCAAGCCAAGCUCCAUACGAUCUCUUUGAAAACUACUAUGGUAGAUCAGCAGCUCUUAAGCUCUACGUUAGAAGAGUUUUAAUCACUGAAGAAUUCGAAGAAUUGAUGCCAAGAUAUUUGAACUUCAUUAAGGGAGUUGUCGAUUCAGAUGACUUACCAUUGAAUGUCAGCAGAGAGCAACUUCAAUAACUCAAGAUGAUUAAGGUCAUGAGCAAGAAACUCAUUAGAAAGGCUAUUGAUAUGAUCAGAGCCCUUGCUGAGGAGGAAGAUGAAGAAGAUGAUGUUGAUGAUGAAGAUGAUGAGGAAACCACCACUGAGGAGGACGAAGAGAAGAGUAAAGAUGACUCAGAGGAAAAGAAAGAAGGUGACGAGGAGAAGAAGAAGGAAGAGGAUACUGAUGACAAAUACACAAAGUUCUGGAAAGCCUUUGGCAAAAACAUCAAGUUGGGAGUAAUUGAAGAUGCAAGCAACAGAAGCAAACUUGCUAAGCUAUUAAGAUUCUACUCAACCCAUGAUCCAGAGACUCUUACCUCACUCGAUGAAUACAUCUCAAGAAUGAAGUCUGACUAAGAUACUAUUCUCUACUUGCCAGGUGAUUCAAAGGAAGCCAUUCUUAAAUCACCAAUUCUCAAGAAAUAUCAGAAACUCGGAUAUGAAGUUCUUCUUCUUGGAGACCCAAUUGAUGAGUUCUGCGUUCAACACUUAUCAGAGUACGAAAAGAGAAAGGUCAAGUCUAUUGCCAAGGAUGAUGUCAACAUCAUUGACAAUGAUGAGGUCUCUAAGAAAAAGCUCCAAAAGCUCAAGGAGAUGUACAAACCACUAACUGAAUGGUUCAAGCAACAUUUCUCCAAGCAAGUUGAGAAAGUUACCAUCUCUAAUAAACUUGAAGACGAUCCAUGCUUCAUCCUUACUUCCCAAUAUGGAUACUCCGCUUCAAUGGAAAAGAUCAAUAGAGCUCAAGCUUUCGCCAACCAAGAGAAAGCUCAAAGUUAUAUGCUCGCCAAGAAGACUCUUGAGCUUAACCCUCACCAUCCAGUAAUCAAGGAACUUUUGGGCAAGGUUAAGUCAGCAGCAGGUGGAGAAGUCGAUCAAGAAGUCAGCGAGUAUGCUGACCUCCUUUACAACAUGGCCCUAUUAAACUCAGGAUUCUUGAUUGAAAAUCCAUCUGACUUCACUGUACCUCUAAAUAAACUUCUUAAGGUCGGUUUCGGCAUUAGAAGGGAUGCACCAAUUGAAGAAAUUGAGGUUGAUAUUAGUAGCGUUGAGGACGAGGAUGCCUCAGAAGAGCCUGACGUUGAGGGAGAAGUUGAAGUAGAUGAAGAUUCAAGUGAAUCAAAGUCAGAGAAAGAAGAAGUAGAAGAUAAGGAAGAGCAAAAGGAAGACCUAUGA